UUAUUACUUUAGGUGAGAAUAUAAAAACUAAAAAAAUAUCUGCUCAGAUGGGUGCUUGUUCUGCUUCAGUUCCAAAGCCCAGUAUAGACUUUCACGGAGGAGCUGCUUUUAUUAUAAAUAGAUUUAAAGGCAGUUUUGCUUCAAAAAUCCGAAGUGCCAUAGAAAGCCAGAUAUGUAGCAGCAGCACUAUCAGCAGUAUUAAUUCAGAACUUGCAAAAGUAAUCAAUGAAAUUCCAUCAAAUAUACAUUUCAUGAAUAGUUUCUACUUGAAUGUGGAUUUAUUACAACCUCCUAUUAUUAACACAUCUUUAGAAACUGAUCUCAAGGGUGAAGUAUUUUGGAUGGACAAUCAUGAAGAAUGUCCUCUGCCAGUACGACCUAUGGAGAUAAUUCCUCCAAGUGUUGGUGCUUCAAUGAUUGCAGCUCAAAUUUCCUCUUAUCUUUUUAACUCCUUUGCCUAUGUGGCUCACAAAAACAAAAUUAUUCGCAUGACCAUUACCUCAAAAAAUAUCCCAAACAAGAGUAUCCUUAACACAACAUGUAGUAACGGCAUGUGUAUCGGUCAUCUGAUUCCUGCGAUUGGUAAACUCUAUCCCAACCAAGUGCUGUCAGUGUUUGUGGAAUCAUUUCAAAUGCCAGAUGUCUUCAUUAAAUCUGGUGAUAUGCUUCUCGAUGUCUACCUUAAUGUUUACCUUUAUCUCUCUACUGACAGCCCUAACAAACCUCUCCUCAUUUUACCCUUGACAAUUCAUACUGAAGGGAAAUCUGAUAUUGCCAAACAAAUUAUUCACUUCAAACUUUCUGCAUUGAGCGUAAAACUGGGUGUGAUUCGUAAAGGUUUGCCCAUUAAAAUUAAUGAGAAACAGUUCCAAAUGACCAUAAACUUGUUUGUUAACAUGUUUGUCUUGCCUCAACUCAAUAAAAAGGGUGAAACUGGAAUCCCUAUAUCUACACUUAUCAAAACAAACAAAAUAAGCAACACGAAAUUACACUUUGGCAUGAAUUCUGCCCUGUUGAUGACUGAUAUUUCUAUGAAUUUUACUGAAGUUGAUUAUGACUGGCCCUUUGGAAGCCUACAACUGUUACAAAGUACUUUGGUGAUGCCAAAUUAUGCGAUGAGUAUAUCCCUAUUUAAAGCAUUACAGACUGCAUUUUCAGAUGACCCUAACAGGUUUUACAACCAAGAAAAUAUCAUUGAUGACAUUUCAUUGGAUAUUUAGAAAAUGAAAUAGCUAUAUUGGAAAAUGCAAUGAAUAUGAAGUUUUAUUUUUAGGUUUUUCUCUAAAUUUUACUUCCCAUUUAUAUUUCUUGAUAUUGUUAGAACUUAUAAGGUGGCAAGCUGGUACAAUCGUGAGCACUCUGGACAAAAUGCUUAGCAACAUUUUGUCCAUCCUUACAUUCUGGUUUCAAAUUCCACCAAACGUGACUUUGCAUUUCAUCUCCUUGAGGUCAAUAAAAUAAUUACCUGUUGACACUGGGUUUCAGGUUAUCAACUUUACCAUCACUCCAAACAUGUUGGCCUUGUGCUAAAAUUUGAAACCAAUAUUGUUAGAAAUUAUAUUUUUUAUGACUAAACUAAUUAUAAUUUUUAACCAAAUAUAUGAAAUAUGUAAAUGACUGAAACAAGUAAAAGAAUAAAAGAAUAUAAAGCUGAAUAUGAAAGUGAGUUUUAAAAAUGUCUGACUAGACUCUCACAUUUAUAUUCUCUUCUUUGCUUUCUAAAUGUCCACAUAUAAUCAUUUAAAUCAUCGAAUUUUUAUUUUGUUCAGAAAAUAUUUUGAAUCUUAUUUUUUUAUCAUAUUUUAAAGCUUUACUUCAUUUUCCUUUCAAUAAGAUAUAAUUUUACAGCUGAAUAUCUUUUCUGCUCAGUUAAAUGAGAAAUACAAGUAAAAUACUAGGUAUUAGAGGAGAGGUCACUAUAAAAGGAAAUAAAGUGAAUGUAUUUACAGAUGUCAUCAAGUAGAAUGAAAAUGGAUGCUAGGGAGAGAGAAAAGGGAGGUGGGGAAGACUAGCCUUUGGGUAGGGGAAUUUUAUUGCCAGUCCUCCUUUUCCUCUUCUACUUAGCAUCUAUAUAUCCUUCCACUUAAUGACAUCUGUAAACGCACCCACCUUAUUUCCUUUUUGGGUGAUCCACCUUGUAAUUAAUACUUUCAUUGGUCAUUUGUUCAUCUCCACAUAAUGUAAACAAUUUAUAGGUAAUAGGACCUGAAGAGAAGCUAAGUUGGUUUAAUGCAUGUUACAACUUAUGUAACAAGCAUCGCUUUGAUAUGAAACAUUUGUAGUUUAUAUUUUACCUGUUCCAUUCUUUACUUUCUUGGAUUUUUAGCAGCAUUUUUACAUGAGUUGUCUAGUGACCAUCAGCUUAUUGAAAUUUCUUAUAAUUUCAAUAUGGGAUGAAGUGUGUAACUUACAAUGUUAAUAAACUUUUUUUACUGUAUAUUGU